AUGGCUUCAGAUUUUGGUAAUCCAUUGAAAAAGUUCAAAUUAGUAUUUCUGGGUGAACAAAGUGUUGGAAAAACAUCGUUGAUAACACGAUUUAUGUACGACAGUUUUGAUAACACCUAUCAAGCUACUAUAGGAAUCGAUUUCUUGAGCAAAACUAUGUAUCUUGAGGAUAGAACGGUUCGGCUACAACUUUGGGAUACCGCAGGUCAGGAACGUUUCCGAUCUUUGAUCCCAUCUUACAUUCGUGAUUCGACUGUCGCUGUUGUCGUAUACGACAUCACAAUUCGCGCAGUUUAUGAAUGA